AUGCGUUACUCUCUUUCCCUUUUUUUUUUUUUUUUUUUGUGUGUGUGUGUGUACAUGAGAAGGGGGGGAAACGACUUGUGUCCAUUCAUUAAUGGAUGUUGUUUAUUUUUUUCUUUUUUCACGCUGGACCAAGUGAGGAUGAAGCACCGUCUUGUUGUCCUGCAGCAUGGCUCCCACGGCACGCAUCGUGACUUGGGCUGCCUUGCACGAUUUUUGCGGGCACUUGACUCCCCACCGAUUGUUUUGGAACCGCAAGUGAAUGAGGGGUUUCGUACGGAUGACGGGGUUGUGGUGUGUGGUGCGCGUCUCGCAAAGGAGGUGGUCCGUUUUCUCAGCGGACUUUGCUCGGGGGAGUCUUUGGGGCCAGCAACGCACAUGACACCUCUUGUAGACGGGAAGAAGACUGUGCAGUUAAGUUUUAUUUCCCACUCUAUGGGUGGGUUGAUUGUUCGGGAGGCGUUACCGCAGUUGGUUCGGGAGGUACAGCGCCACGAGGGAUGUUUACGGGUCGAGUGGAAGGUGUUUUGCUCCAUUGCAACACCGCAUGGGGGUACACGCCACAUGGAUGCUUUUAUAAGAUCUUAUGUUGGGCGUCUGAUAGGACGUGUGUACUCUACGGCGUAUCAUGACAUGCUUUUGCAGUCCAAUGUUCUUACCGAGCGUUUGAUUUCUGCCGAGCAUUUGGCUUCCCUUGGACUGUUUGAGCAUCGUUUGCUGAUAUCAAGCAUGCAUGAUCUUCUUGUUCCCCUGAUGAGCUCUGGUUUUAUGCUGAAGCCCUCGCAGUUUUGUGGGAUGAGCCCUGCGGCACGAGAGGAAAGGGAGAUGGCCAUGUGUGCCUCGUCGGAGGAGGAGAUGCAUUCAAAGCGACACAGAAUUGUGAAACUGACUUCGGAGGACUGGCCACACGACCACUACCCCGUGGAACGACGCAUUGCAGAGGCGAUGCUUGAAGGAGCGGGCGCUUUUGACUCCAUUUUGGUAGAUUUUAGUCAUGUGCAGAAGCAUUGUGACGAUCCACACACGCGACGCACGGCGGAGCAACUCUCUCAUCGGGCUCUGGUGUGCAAGGAACCCAUUUGUCAAAUGGGGCUAGAGGAGGUUUUUUGUUUUGUAUCGAGGUGGGUGGCCAACGUUCUUGCGGCGUGCCAUUGCUAG